UGGUCCUCAAUCUUUUCAGAACUUGAAAUCAUUGCUAAUCGGGUCACAUUUAGCCACAGAGAUGGUGGUGGAUCUCCUUCACUGUUAGAUCUUCUUGUCAGUCUAGGAAGAAACCAUCAUACAACGUUGGCCUUGGCAGACCUCAAAGCAGAGCUUGAUUAUUCUCCUGGCACAAUGGUUUAUAUCUCAGGAAGGGUGCUAGAACAUUCUAUUGGACCCUGGCUUAAUAGAGAAAGGUUUGUAAUUGCCCACUUUAUGAAGGAUGCUGUACACAACAGGGUGGGGGUGCCAAGGCCAGGUUUUCCCAUGCAGAGCUUCUUUUUAGAGUUAGUAGGAAGGAGGCAGAAGGGGAAGAGGGAGAAAAUGUGUAGAAAAUAG